UUAAACUUUGCAAUUCCAUUGGAAAAGGGUAUAAUCCAAGCAUUUUUUGUAUCAUAAUUUGUUGAUUUGUUGUCACAAAAUGGCCGGUCCAAUCCUUGUCUAGUCUGUUAUAUUUUGAAAAUUACCUGUACUACUUUCCAUAAGAGAGAGUAUAUAUGUAUGAAGUACAGUACUGUCACCUCAGUAUAUAAUGCCAGCUUUUCUCCCAGCCUAUUUUUUUUGUUAUAUUGGGGGCACGUGGCAUUAUAAAAAUUUGGCCAUUUUAGUUCAUCAAUUUGCAGGGAAAAAAUGUGGUUCAUCAAUUAAUACAUUAUUUUCCUUUUGUGGUCUACAUAUUUGACAAGAAAUGCAAAUGCAUGAAAUUAUUUUGUUUUAAUUCUUAAAACUUUGUUAAAUAGUGGGAUGUUCUGCACUUGUGCAUUUUGGAAAACACAUAUCAACAUGAUUAGCGGUUGACAAACACAUCAAUGGCUGCAACUUUCUGUAACACAGAAAUAUCAAUACACACAAAGGUCACAAUUGCAGCACAAAAUCUACAGCAGCCUAUUUUAGUAUUAAAAAAAAAUCUCUGUUGUUUACGUUUGGGCAACGCUACUGGACAAUUUCAGAGACAGCCAUUACCGCAAUUACCUAUACAUAUUUAUGACACAUGCUAAAUUUAGCUUCGUUACAAUAUUAAUUCACCUGAUCGACCAUUUAUGUAUAAUUAUGGCUUCUGAUCCCAGGUUGUUGGCAUUGCUAUCUGGGGAGGUAUAUAGAUAAAUUGACCUUCCGUACCUGAAAACUGGUGGCGGAUGGCGAUAGGCAGUUUGACGUUUUUCUGGAAAUCCAUUCUACACAUUUCAAUGACAGUAUACGGGGGUGGCGAUAUAACAGCUGGUGAUGUACCGAGCUUACCAGCAGCUCGUCGUGAUGUGGUGUAUGGAGUAACAUUUAAGAGUGGAGUUGAGGAGCAGCAAGACUGGUCAGCUCUAACCAGAGAACAACUUCAAGAGGAAAUUGAAAAACUGACCAAAGCCAUGGAAGUCAACCCCGGUCAGUAUGAGAAUUUGGCCAAGAUGACAAGAAUGGCUGCCCCUUCCACCCCCAUUACCCCAUCUGCCAACAAGGCUUUCACUCCACCUGUAAAAUUUCGCAAUGUUCGCCCUCCAUCAACACUGCAGAUGGGAAAUCAGAAACAGAGCUUUUACACGGACAGUGACACAGAUCACACAGAGAUGACCCCACGACCUCCGAGUUACCGUAGCUACGACAAGACAAAACAAACCAGGGACAAGUCACGGUUAUUCUUCUACAGGGACCCUUUCCCUGGAGGUCCACCAGUGGGGGAAGAAUUUUCUGUGGAGGGUCGAGCAAACCUAGAGAGAAUGAGAAAUAAAGAGAUGCAUCGAGAAAAACUUAGACAAGCUUACGAACAGGGCAACUACCCAGAUAAGAAAAAGAGGGUGUACACCAAGAAACAACGCGACCAAAGACGGGCCCAGAUUCAGAUGUCGGGCCAAUGCUACACCCCAGAGAUAAUGUCAGACAUAGAAAACAGGUACCCUCCAAGUGACCAGGGAUCAGACAGUCGGUGGCGUAGGAGCCGUAGUGGGUACUCCACCCCAGGGGGAAGCUGUGAUGAUAUGAAGCUUGGUAGAAAUAUGAGAGCGGCUCCCCGUCACAUCAUCGAUUCUAUGGACGCUCUUCGAUCAGCCAAUCAACCCAGAGACAAGGACAAUAUAGAAAGACUCAACAAACAACAACAGCUUCUACAGCAGCAGCGCGAUCAGAGAAGGAAGUUUUUACAGGACCAGGGUCUCCGGGAAAAAGCCCAACUGAUGGUGAAUGAAGCACUGUUAGGCACGGAACUAACAAAACAGCGAUCCACAAGGUCUAGUCGGGAAAGCCUAAACAGGCUAGGUCAGCGUUCUGUCUCCAACAAUUCUCUGGCAAAUGGCAAUAGAGAAAUAGAGAAAGAGGACAAGAUGUCGGACAAGCUUGACCCUGAGCCUGAGGCGCCGUCUCAAGGUCGAAUGUCAAGGUUGUCAAAUCCAGCCUCGGAAAACACUAGUAAGAGUGCAGACUUUUUUGAUAAUGCCAAGAUAGAAGGACAAGGGAUUCUGAAUGACUCUGACAAUGCUGAAGAAAAAGAUAAACUGAUGUCUGCUAUACGAAGUGAAUUUCAGAGACUCAGUACUUCGUGAAAGAUAUUUAGAAAUCAUUUGUACUUAUCUCCUCUCAGCUCAUUGAGAUUGCCAACUUCAUUUGUGCUCAUAUUUUUAUACAGGUAGUAACUGUAUUACAUGGUGCAUUUCUAUAGCAUUUUCUUGAACAACGGAGUGUUUCCAGUGGAUAUAAAAAGUAGGACAUGAUACAGUUGUAGUGUAAAAUUGUCCAACUAUUUGUGAUAAUACCUUAACAAGAUACAUUACAUGCAGGUAGUUACAGGUACAUAGUUCAUUUUUAUAACCCCUGCAGACAAAGUGUAGGGGGGUGGGGGGGGGCUAUACUAUAAUUACUUUGUCCAUCUGUCUCUCUGUCCAGAUAUGUUCUGUAACAUUGACUGAUUUUCCCCAAAAUUUUGUGACAUGUGUAUACUCUGUAAACCUUUGCAUCUGGUAAUAGUUAUUUAUAUUUGAAGAUUUUCUAUGGAUUUUUUUAAUACUUGUAUAAAUUAGCAACUUAGAGAAGCAAGAUGCUCAUACUUGUAACAAAAAUUUUCAUAACUCGAGGGAGUGCCCUGAUACCAGUCAAAAUUCACAUAGGUCACAAGGAGAAAAUACGUAUCAGGAACAAUUUAUGUGUGGACAAUAUAUAUUAGGAACAGAGAGACAUGUGACAAAAAGACGGCCUAUAACCUGUGGGUGUGUCCUAAUCUUGUCUCUAGGUCAUUUGGGGAAAAAAGUAAUAAUGUUUUUAAACUAUAUCUUUACAGUGUUGAAAUAACUGAUGCUCAUCCUUGACACUACAAUUGAUUAUGACCAUAAGGUGACUUUAUUCUCACCCAAGGUCAUUUAUUAAUGGUCAAGGUAAUAGAAAUUCGAAUAAUUGUGGGAUUCCAAAUAUAGCUCAGAUUAGAUGUGCGAGACAGAAGUAUUUGUGACCUUUGGAAUAGAUUUGGUAGAUUCUACAAAUUUUUUUUUACAGUAAAACUUGGGUUUCAUUUACAUACAACUAUACAUUCCAAAACCACUGAUUAUAGUGUAUUUUAGUGUGUACUUAUAAUUCUCAUGUAAACAGUUUUGUUCUGUCAGAUUAAUGAACAUCUCAACAUGUUCUCAUUACAUUUCCAUCUACAGAGGUAUGUGUUAAGGAGGUAUGCUACACCAGAGAAAUUUGAUGUAGAUGAAAAGUGGAGGAUAUGUACAACAAUAUUUUGAAGUUGAAAAUUUUCAAAUUUACUUUUUUAGUCAAAAAAUAGUUUUAGUAGAAGGUAAUCUGAAAAAAAUUUAAAACCCCUGCUGGACUCGAACCUGCGACCUACAGUUCAGCAGUCGGUAUUCAAACCCACUGAGCUACUCGGCUAGGUAUUUAAAUGGAAAAGGAAAAGACAAAUAUUGCUGAUAUCGAUUUUUUCAUCCAUGUUUUUAAAGGAAGUCAGCCAUUAUGACGAUGUAGAGUACUACCUUAAAUAUCAUUAAUGUGUUGCUGCACCAUUAUGGAUCGUGUAACUUUUAAAGUGUGGAAACGGAUAUAAGAGAUAAUGAUCAUAUGAACAACUGAAGCAUUCCAAGGAUCAUGUGUCUCAUUUCUGUUUAGUUCUAAUAAAAUGUAGUGUUCAGACAUUUUAAAAUUUUGUACACAAGAGAACUUAUAUGUGUGUGAUGUAGCUGGCCUUUUCAAAGUUCAUACAGUCUGACUGCAUUUUGGUCUCUGUCUCAAUAAAUAUGUUUUUAGCUCUUGGACUCGAGUAUUCUUGAAUGAAGUUUGUCAUUAUGUUAUUUUUCACAUAUUCUACUCUCUGUAACUUACAAUUUAUCUUGGCACAAAGCAUGCCCCACCCACUAUAAAGUGGAAGGUUUACUGCUGUGGGAAAGACAGUCAUCCUAGGUGAUUGAUUAAUGUCAAGGUCACUUGUAGAAAUUCUUGUUUAGGCCAAAAGUUAGGGAAGCUCGUACUUAGCAAAGAUUUUAAUGACAAGAGGAUAUGUAACACAUUUAGAGAUUGGUAUUCAUUUGACAGAGUCAGAAGUUGAUUUGUGAUAUUAAAAAUGCCUUCAGAACUAUUGUCCAAAUAUAUUGGAAGUCAUGAUGGUAAGGGUCCGCUUUAUGAGAUUUACUUUUUAUGUAUGAACAAGAAUACUUGGAGAAAAUAUGAUGGCCAUUAUUUUAUUUGUAAAAACUUUUCUUAACUUUGCAAUUGUGUCGAGAAAUGCUCAUAUCGAUAUCAAUUAUCUGAAUCAGAGUGUGAUAAUUUAUAUGGAUGUAUAGUGACAAUUGUUUAGAACUUUGUGAUUUUUAUACCUAUGUUUGUAGCUGUGAGUUGCAGACAGUGCUUAAUUUAUUAGUUGGUUAUAGGAUGUUGAAGGUUUUACAUGUACAACCAGUAGUUUAUAAGACAUGAAAUAAAGAAAUAGAAUAUGAU